GUGAGACACCGGAAGUGGCGUCGUUGUUGGCGGAAACGUGGUUUGCUUAUUAAUGCGAAAAAAUGGCUGCUGCCAGUUUGGCCGUGCUUUGCAGAAAAGUGGCCGCUACUCUCAAAGCUUCCAGAUCGUUACUAAGUUCUCAGGCCUCAGCUAGCACAGGUUACAGGUUUUCUCUAAGUCUGUUACCUAAGAAUACACCAAAUACCAAGUCUUUUCAGCAGUGUAGAUUACUUCAUACCACGUUGUCAAGGAAAGGACUGGAAGAAUUUUUUGAUGACCCAAAGAAUUGGGGGGAAGAAAAAGUAAAAUCUGGAGCUUCAUGGACCUGUCAGCAAUUAAGGAACAAAAGUAAUGAAGAUUUACAUAAACUUUGGUAUGUCCUACUGAAAGAAAGAAACAUGCUUCUGACUCUAGAGCAGGAGGCCAAGCGGCAGAGAUUGCCAAUGCCAAGUCCGGAGCGGUUAGAAAAGGUAGUAGAUUCCAUGGAUGCGUUAGAUAAAGUUGUCCAGGAAAGAGAAGAUGCCCUAAGACUUCUUCAGACUGGUCAAGAAAAAGCUAGACCUGGUGCUUGGAGAAGAGACAUCUUUGGAAGAAUCAUUUGGCAUAAAUUCAAGCAGUGGCCUAUACCUUGGUACCUAAAUAAAAGGUAUAAUAGGAAACGAUUCUUUGCAAUGCCCUACGUGGAACGUUUUGUCAGACUGAGAUGUGAGAAACAAGCCCGCAUUGAAGCAAGGAAGAAAAGUUUAGAAAAAAAGAAAGAAAAAUAUCUUCAGGAAAAGUUUCCACAUCUUUCUCAAGCCCAGAAGUCAAGUCUUGUCUCAGAUGUCUGAAUUCUUAAUUUACCAUUUUGUUUUUCUUGGAUAAGAGUGUAUACAAAAGUAAAUAUAUAUUAAGUGAUUAUAAAGAAAUUGUUUUUUAGCAAAUGACUACCAACUGUCUUUAAGUGUUAAUAUGGCAUGCUAAUUCUGGAAGUGGUCAUGCUUCUGCCAAAUUAUUUUAAAAAUCAGGUAUAAAGUUCAGAUUAAAUUUCCAUUUUAUAAA